GUAGGUGGAGCAGAGGAGGAAACCGACCGGGCGAAAAACCGACACUCCUGCAAGCUCCCCGGGUGCGCGGAGGGAAACCCGUGCGAGGCUGCCUUUCGUUCCCCGAAUCGGCCGCAGAAGAGUCGGCCACGGACGGCCGGCACACACUCCCAUGGUGGUGAAGGAAGACCUCCCGAUGAUUGAAGUCUCGAUACCCUCGAUGGAGAGGGAAGUGGAUGAGUCGGCAAAGUCCAAAAAGCUCUUCAGAGUCGAAGUCUUGUUCAAUGGGAGGAAGCAUUAUGUGCUCAGGAGAAGCAGCGAGUUCCAGACUCUGCACAGGAAACUCAGGAAGAUCAUUCAGACUCCUGAUUUCCCGAGCAAAAGGAACCCCCAUCUGAGGACCAAACCCCCGGAGCAGAGGAGGCAGGAGCUGGAGGAUUACAUCCAGGAGGUCAUCUAUCAAAACGAAGACGUGCCGCAGGUGCUGCUGGACUUCCUCCACGUCAAACACUUUCACACGGGGAACAAGAUCAGCAGCGUGGAGUCACUUGAUGAACUUGACAGUCAGGAUUACAGUUAUUCGUCACCAAAUCAGCGAGUGUUGGGGUUUUUUCAGGAUCCUUAUCUCUCUGACUGCACAUCAGGUCUUCCAGACGUUGUCGUGGACGGGGUUCUCCAGGGUUUUUACCCCCGGGACGUCCGGGUCAGCUUCGUGGCCCCCGCUCACACCGAGCCCGACCCCGCCACCUCUAUAGAGGCCUGAGAUUACAGUCACAUCGCAGUAAAAUGUGUGUGCCAAAGUGGAAUGUACUGUACAGUCAAACACACAAUACCAGCAAGAAAGAUAAAUGGAAGAAGAAAGAAAAAAAAAAGCCAUCAGCGUGCAACUAGUACGACAAAGAAAGUUUUUGUAUGGUUGGCCCCAGUGGGACUGAAACCCGUCACCCGGCCUUUGUUGUCGGGAUGCUCCACCCAUUGUGCUGACGGCACGAAGACGACACACGCAAACGGAUUUUAAUCGAGUUGUAGCCGAUAAGCCAACGUGAAACCCAGUGAAAUGCAUACCUGUAGUCUUUUCUUCAUCCUAGCUAUAGUGUAAAUUGAUAGACGCAAAUUCGAUUUUAGAAUAAAGACGUUGUGACGGUUUAGAAAAUUACAUGCAAUUUAAAGGGCAGAUACAGUUUUCAAAAUAUUCAUGUUUAAAGUUUUUGUUUGUUUAAGCAUCAGAUUGACAAACAGGAUUUGGAGA